CUGGAAACAGUCCUCGAGUCCUCGGGGGUCAGAACGAACACUCCCCAUCCCAUCACUGUAAAAUCUUUAACGCAUUAGCAGCACUAAACACAGUAAAACACAGAGCGCCAUGGAAAACCCUGUUCUUUGAUAUUCAGCUUUCAAUCAUGGAUCCUCUUGCUAAUCCAACCAUGAGAAUGCACAACUUUUUCUUCCUUCUCGUGUUAACAUCCACCUGCGCCACCGCUACCACCGUCGUCUCCUCCCUUAACCGUCGGACGCUACACGAACCUUUCUUCCCGCAGGACCCCCCAAUACUCCCUCCGGUUCAACCUCCUUCUGCUCAGCCACCAUCUUCACCACCAUCGUUAAACGUUCCUUUUUUAUCUACCCCAACCCCAACAACAACCCCGACCAAUGACCAACCAUUCUUCCCGUCUUUCCCAUCGCCGCCACCGCCACCGCCACCUCCUCAGCCGUCUGCCUCCUCUUCCGCCUCUUUCCCGGCCAACAUUUCCUCCCUUAAUCUCCCCACCUCCCCGAAACCAAAACGCGUUUCAUCCAAACUCAUUCCCAUUGCCAUUACUCUCGCCAUUGCUGCCGUUGUUGUUCUUUUCAUUGUUGCUUUCUUGAGGAUUAAAAAGCGAAGGUAUCAUGACGAUUCUCAGUCGUUAAGUGAUGAAAAACCUCAAAGAUCUUAUACUAACAGUGUGUUUAGUGCCGCUGCGAAUAAUGUUGCAAGUGGUGGUGGAAAUAGUAGUUAUAAUCGAAUCCCGAAGCUCAAUCGUCCGUCGCAAUCGAGCUCGGAGUUCCUUUAUCUGGGCACGCUUGUUAAUUCUCAUGGUGGGGUCGAUGCUACUGGUACCAGUGGUCGUCAUAAUCGGGGUGAAGAGGAUUCGAGUUUGCAAAAGGUGGGUUCGCCGGAGCUCCGCCCGUUACCGCCGUUAAGUGGUAGCGGUGGCGGACGUAGUCAAACUAUUAUGCAAAAUGGAUGUUAUGAAACCUCUGAGGUGGAAUCGAAAGACGAAGAGUUUGACGAAUUUUACUCUCCGAGAGCAUCGGACGGUGGUGGAUCCGGUGCUAGACGAGCAUUUACCGUCGCCGCGGCGACCGGUAAUUAUCAGUCGCGUAGGAGUAUUGGGUCGGUUUCUUCUUCGUCCUACUCCUCGUCAAGUUCAGGAUCUCCUGCGAGGUCCAUUUCGUUAAGUAUUUCUCCACCGGUUAGCCUGAGCCCGAGAAAUGCAAGACUGAAAUCGCCAGACCUUGUUGCAAUUCAAACUGCUCCUCCGCCGUCUAGGCCACCUCCACCACCACCACUGCCGCCGCAUCCUUUAAUAAUCCCGUCUCCGGAUGUUGGUUUGAGUAAGAACAGCUUAGAGUCGUCACCCAGACUAUCAAACUCUUCAAACGAUCAAAGCUCUCCUCUGGCGAGAAUCCCGCCACCGCCGCAGCCACCGACGAAGCACAGAGAAACCCUAAUCCCCACAACUCCACCACCAGCAACUCGGCUGAAUCCACCGGUUUUGAUCAAACCUGCAAGACAUGUGCCUAUAUCUAGCCAUCAACCAGCGAUCUCUCCUACAGAAAUGUUGUCGAUAAAUCAAGAAAAUCUUGAAACAAACGAGAAAACCCCAAAACCAAAAUUAAAACCUCUUCAUUGGGAUAAAGUGAGAGCAAGCUCUGAUCAUGAAAUGGUGUGGGAUCACCUCAAAUCCAGCUCCUUUAAAUUAAAUGAAGAGAUGAUAGAGACAUUAUUCAUCGUAAAACCACCUAAUGCAAAUUCAAACGAAAAAUCAACAAUCAAACGCCAGAUUCUUUCCUCAACAAUCAGCCAUGAAAACCAAGUUCUCGAUCCAAAGAAGUCUCAGAACAUCGCAAUCUCAUUGAGGGCACUUAGCGUGACAACUGAGGAAGUUUGUGAUGCACUUUUAGAAGGCAAUGCAGAUACACUGGGCACCGAGCUCCUUGAAAGUUUAAUGAAGAUGGCUCCAACAAAAGAUGAAGAACAGAAACUUCAAGAACAUCAAGACGAUUCACCUCUCAAACUUGGUCCAGCUGAGAAAUUUCUCAAGGCUGUUCUUGAUGUGCCUUUUGCAUUUAGAAGAGUUGGUGCAAUGCUCUUUGUUUCCAAUUUUGAUUCAGAAGUCGAAUACCUCAAACAAUCGUUUCAAACUCUAGAGGUUGCUUGUGAAGAACUUAAAAACAGCAGGAUGUUCCUAAAGCUGCUAGAAGCUGUGCUCAAAACCGGAAACCGUAUGAAUAUUGGCACAAACCGUGGAGAUGCUCAGGCAUUCAAACUCGAUACCCUCUUGAAACUCAUUGAUGUUAAGGGUGCUGAUGGAAAAACCACCCUCUUGCACUUUGUUGUUCAAGAGAUAGUUCGAACUGAAGGUGCCCGAUUUUCAAACACAACAGCUAACCAUGAUGACAAUCAAAUCCAGAAACUUGGUCUUCAAAUUGUUUCUAGUCUGAGUUCGGGUCUUUCAAAUGUCAAGAAAGCUGCUGGAAUGGAUUCAGAGGUUCUGAAUGGGGAUGUGGUGAGAUUAACAAACGGGAUUGCAAAUGUUAUGGAUGUUGUUCGAUUGAUUGAAGCAGGAGGUUCAAACAACAAGACGUUUUCCAAUGCAAUGAAGAAGUUCUUGAAGAUGGCACAAGAGGAGGUCAUCAAGAUUCAUGCCCAGGAAGCGGUGUCACUUUCUGUAGUCAAAGAAAUCACGGAGUAUUUCCAUGGAAACUCAGUGAAAUUUGAAGCUCAGCCUUUUAGAAUCUUUAUGGUGGUGAGGGAUUUCUUGACUGUUCUUGAUAGGGUGUGCAAGGAAGUUGGUUGCAUAAACAUGGAAUCCACUCAGAAAGUGGCAGUAUUGGUAAAAAACCGAGGUCCAGUUUUUGAUGGAUUUCAUGGAAAGCGACAGUACAGUUCUUCCGAUGAUGAAAGCUCUUCUUCUCUGUAGGUGUAUUAGGUUAUCUGCUACUUCUGUCUUGUUCUUUGUUGUUGUAUUUACGUAGACAAAUUUAGAUGAUUUUGGGUAGGUUUUGAACUCACUGUAAAAAAGCUUUGGAUCUAAUUAAGUUGGUAAGUUAAUGAAGAAAUUAAUCACUGUAAUUGUUCUUGAAGAGCAUAUUCUAAGGCUAAUGGAUGUAGG